AUGUGUCCGCCUUUGUCGCUUGAAAAGCAGAGUCUCUUGGACUGCACCGUCGACAUCGAGGCCGCAAGCGUGGUGACGACGACUACCAUGAUCAUUGUGGCGCUAUACGUGCUGUCAGGAUGCAGUCAACCGAUUCUUAUGACGGUCUUACGGCAGGCUGGACUGGCCGACAGCAAUUGUCAAGUGUACAUGCUGUUUUACUAUCUGGGUACCGCAUCGGCCAUUUUCACACUGCCACAUGCCUCCCAGUGGCCCUCCAAGAGGACCAUGGCCAAGGCGGCCGGCAUUGCCCUGUGGGACAUUUGUGCCCAGACCAUGAAUUACACCGGUGCCGCUUUGACGGGACCCACCAUCUUUGCCAUUAUCUACGCCAGUGUCACAAUUUGGGCUGCCAUAUACUCGCAAGUCUUUUUGGGGAGACGCAUGAAUACGUUUCAAUGGUGUGCUGUCAUUCUCGUCUUUGGUGGACUCGCCUUGACGGCCAAUGAUUCGGUGGAAACGGGCAGCACGGGGAUUAUCCAUGGACUGAUACUGGUCGUUGCUGGAUCCAGUAUGCAUGGGUUAUUCUAUGUCAUGAGCGAAGCCGUCAUGACCACUGGCACUAGUCCGCAGGAACGAUUGACUGUUCCUCAAAACUGCGCUGUCCAAGGAAUGACGGCAUCCGCGUGCUUUGCCGUGUGGCAGUUCCUAUACACCCUGCCCCAUUUCGAAGCAAGACUGUUGGAACCCAUGCAAACGGCUGGAACGUCGCUGCUGCAAGCGUUGUUCUUGUUGGUCAUCUUUGGAGCUGUUAGUUUUGUGCAUUCCAUCACCUUUUAUCAUACCCUGCGGCAUUUACCAGGGGGGUCCACCAGUGCCGGGGUUUUCAAGGGACUACAGGCCGUUCUGGUCUUUGUCUUUACCCAUGCCAUUUUUUGCCACCGAGUGGGAGGACCCGAAAUGUGCUUUACACAAAUCAAGUUGUUUUCGCUCGUUACGGUGGCCGGUGGUGUGGCUUGGUACGGCCAUGCCACUUCCAAAAUCAAGCAGCACAUCACACACACAUCGUCAUCCACCCUACAAUCUAAAAUGAAGCUUCGCGACGGCGGGAGCUAUCACUCCAUCAUGCAACAAGAGACGACUGUGAUUGAGAUUGAACCCAUUGCUAGUACUGUCGAUGCUACCCGGCAACCACAAGGCUAG